GUCAGCGACUGCCAUGAUUUGGCGAUUGUCUUGUCACUAGGGUAAUAGAAGAGAAUUAAUAUAAAUAUAAAAAUGUGUAAAAGUGUGCUAAGUAAUAUUUUUCUUUUACCCUUAUUAUUAACCCCUAUUGUAGCAGAAUGGAAUACGAGAGAUUAUAUCCGAAGAGAACAUUCAUUAACAAAACCAUACCAAGGGAGUGGAAUGUCGGUACCAUACUGGGACUUCUUAGGUAGCACAAUAGUUACUUCGAAUUAUGUUCGCCUAACACCCGAUCAACAGUCAAAGGCCGGCGCAAUUUGGAACACAGCGCCAUGCCACACCAGAAACUGGGAGCUUCAAGUCCAAUUCAAGGUACACGGACGAGGAAAGGAUUUAUUCGGAGAUGGGUUUGUCAUCUGGUACGUCCGUGACCGUAUGCAACCGGGACCAGUAUUUGGGAGCAAGGACUACUUUCAAGGCCUUGCAAUCAUAUUAGAUACAUAUAGCAAUCAUAAUGGAGCUCAUAACCACCAGCAUCCUUUCAUAUCAGCCAUGGUGAACAAUGGCACACUGCACUACGACCACGACCGAGACGGCACACAUACACAGCUCGCUGGCUGUGAAGCCAAGUUCAGAAAUUAUAACCAUGACACGCAUCUCUCCAUCAUUUACAAGGACGAUACGCUUGUAGUAUCUACAGACUUAGAAGGCAAGAAUGCAUGGAAAGAAUGUCUAAGAGUGGAGAAUGUUCUACUCCCCACUGGAUACUUCUUUGGUGCCACAGCCACUACGGGUGACUUGAGCGACAACCAUGACAUAAUAGCAAUCAAAAUGUAUGAAUUGGAUUUGCUUGAAUCUCAAAACAAAGAUGAAGACAGAUCCAACAUAAUUCCAUCCGCUGCGACUUUCGAAGCUCCUCGAGAGAGAGUCGAAGACUCAAAGCCAGCAAUGUCGGGAAUUAAAACUUUCCUUUGGAUGAUGUGUAUUGCUAUCAUUAUAAUUGUUUUAGUUGUAGUAGGAAUUAUGUGGUAUCAGAAACGGCAGGAAACCUCUAGGAAGAGACUCUAUUAAAUUAUAGAUAAUUUUUUAAAGGGUUUACAAAUGUUGCCGUUGCAAAUUAGGUUGAGAAAUAAAUUUUGAAGUACAAUAUUUUAAUUAAUAUUUUUUUCCAGCGAUAAUGCGAAUCAUAUUUUAGAGACCAAUUGAAUUCUAAAACGAAUAGUUUUAUAUUUAAGUAAAAUUUAACAGGUAAAUAUGGAUUUAUAGUAAUAAUAAGUUGAUUGAUAUAUCAAGAAUACCAGUAACAGUCCAUUAAUACCUCAAUAUUGGGAAAAGCCUUCUCCUAUAGCAGAAGUUUGGAAGUCUAAUCGAACAUUGCUUCAAUUUAGGUUAUUGGAAGUAUAUGUAGAAGAAUUUGAUAAAACAAUUAAAGUUUUAUUAACCAAUCUUAAUUUUGGAUUAUGUAAAAUGUGAUUUUAAAUUUUGAUUAGGUAAUUUCAUUUUUAUAUAUUAAAUAAAUCUUACAAAACUUGUCAUUUAAUAGUAAGUAUUAUACAUAAAAUGAAUAGUAAUAAAAAUCGUCUCUAUGGUUAAUUUACCAAACAUACAGAUGAAAUAAAAUCUCCAUUCCACAAAACAAACUCCCAAAGAAUAUGCACCUUGGAAAUAUAUGCACGUCAGCUUCAUUGGCCAAAUCUUUUUUUAGGUUUCUAGUCUUACAUGUCGGAUUUUUAGUAGCUUAUCCACCACUUAGCCAAGCAUAUAGACAAAUGAGGUGAUAGUUCCCUAGGAGAUCGACUUGUGGAAUGAAUAGAAUAUUACUAUUAUUUUGUGUAAUAAAAUCAAUUCUAGUAAAGACUGUUUGAAUUAAGCCAACAUAUAAUAACAUGCAUAUAAUCUUGAAUAUCAUUUUCUUGAUAUUGUUUUAUUUUCCAAACAUCAAUAUUUUUUAUAUUGAUGUAUAAUAUUAAAAAUAAUUAUAGUAUGUAAUACUUUUCAACCAUCACAAUAUAUUUUUUCAUUAUAGUCUUUCAAGAAUAUAAAAUAAAAUUAUUUCACAUAAAACCUCAACCUUUUUAUAUAACUAAGUGGCGGUUAUAGCUAGGCUUAUAGAAGCAUCUUAUUAUAAGUAGGGUGUCAGGUUUAUAUUUAUUGAAUUGGACAAUAUGGUUUGGCAACUAGUAGUAAAGUUGCAUGAAUGUUAUGAGAAGUAUUUUUUUGUAAAUCGAUGUAUUAUAGAAAAAUAUAUCAUAAAAUCUGAAAAAUUAAUCUAGAAACCAUAAUGAAGCUGUGUUCAAUUAAAUUAAAUAUCAAAUCAUUCAUUUAAUAAAUAUAUGUAUGUACCGCAAUUAUAUUAAAAAUUAAUAUAACUUGUAAUAUUGUUGCCAAAAUAUCUUUUCUUAGCAAGAAUUAAACGAAAAUUAACGAAAUUGUUAUUUUCAUCGAUUAUCUAUAAGACAAUAAACAUUUUUUUUUAUUUCAAAACGAAUAUUGUAUAUAUAUAUAUUUAUAAUACAGCUUCCUGCAUACCUUUUUUUCUAAAUUUAUCUUUAUUAGAUCUAAUUACUAUAUAUGUUUACUGUUAACCAUGCACUGUUUGUGCGAUUUAUUUUCUUCAAAUCUCCUAAUAAACAUAAGUCGCCCAAUCUAUGAAGUAAAUUUUAUAUUAUUAAUGACGUAUGUGUGUUGUAUGUUCUGCGUGUUUUGAAAUAAAAUAAUUUAUAAUCUUGUA